AUGACUGCUUAUGCUAUGGACUCGAGGGAGUCGGCAGACCUUCAAACUGAAGUCAACCAACUAUCUGAGAAGGAAGUAGAAAUUCUCAAAUCCUCCGCUGCAUCUGAUACAGAUGUGGAAGGCGAGGCACCACCUACAUAUUUAGAGUCCACAACGAUCACACUCCCUCGGGGUAUAAAUCAAGCUUUUACUCCCGGACGAUCGCUCUAUAUUAACUCUCGCGGAAUUGGCGUGAUUCGUUUCCCAACCCCGUCAUCGGAGUUAGAGAUCGCAAUCCACAACCAAGAUGGAUCAUUAGCCUAUGUGUCAACCAGGGACAAGCGCUGCUCAGGAGAUGCAGUUCUAUCAUCCCCAAAACUCGGCAAUUUACUCAGCACCACCUACUUCUUUGGGCCUGGUCGCCAUCCUGUCCUCCGUCAGCUAUAUCCAACACCAUUUAAUGGGGACAGUCCUGAUACAAACAAAGACAUCACCGUGGCUGGGAAGUUUAUCUCUCAAAGUACCGAUUUUGAAAUGCCAGACGGCUCAAAGUUUGAAUGGAGAUAUGUUCGACUAGGCUAUGAUGGGGGUGGUAGAAGCAAGCUGCUAGUCCUUGAGAAGAUUGAAUGUGAAGGAGAUGGAUCGCGCAAGAGAGUUGCGCAACUUCUUCGAACUAAAGAAACGAUUCCGCAAGGGAGUUCAAAGCAUAGAGCCGGGUGCGGCGGAGAGUUGGUCCUGGAGCAGGACGCCCACCUCGACAUUGACGAAGCUGUUAUUGUUGGAACCUGCCUGUUAAUGUUGAAAAGAGAGGUUGACCGCAGGAGAGCCAUCCAAAUGAUGGUCAUGACUGGUGUGGUUGCUAGCUAG